CACCUUUGAACUAGAUCAUGACUACCAUAUUAGUACCUGAGUGAAGACCAGCCGCCAUCUUUUUAAGGAAAGUAGCCUAGCUACUCGAUUAUGGGGUGCUUUUUUGCUUGCUUUGGCUCCUCCAAAAAGCACCACAAAACCAAAAAGCCCGAAAGUUUAACUUCCCCUAAAAAUCAGAAUUUAAAUGAAAGCCAUGAAGUAAAUGAAGCUCUAAUAUGCAGCAAUCAAGCAGUUGAAGAAGGAGCCGAGAUUGCAGAUCCCAUUGAAGUCAUUCCAGAAAUUAAAGGUAAAAAUGAGGAGCAGGUGAAUACAAGUUUCGGAAAGAAAGUCACAUUUGAUUUACUUUUGAAAGCUCCUGAGGAAUGCCAAGCCCAAGAAGGCGCGCUAGAAAAUGAUCAGAAACGAAAGAAGAGGGAUGAAAGCAGACCUGAGGUCAUCCUAGAUUUUCCCAGUUCCAGUGAGAAGAAGGAAGGCAAAGCAAAGAAAGAAGAGAGCAAAGACGAGGCCGAUUUACUUUCCGAUUCAACUAUUUCAAGCCUUUUCACAUAUCCUCCAAACCAUAGGUACCAGAACUGUGAAUCUAGUGACGAUGAGUGUGUUGAUAUGGGUUUGAAAAAGAACAAUCCAGAGGACGAGGAGGAUGAUGGGAAGAGUGAUGACAUGGAUGGCAAUUACGAGGAGAAAAAUGGUUCUGAAGAUUCAGUCGAUAUCCAAGAAGAGUCAUCUGAAUUAUUCUCUAUAUCUAUCGAGUCUAGAAAACAAAGUUCUGCAGUUGAAAGAGAUGAGAGAGAGGUCAGCAGUCCGCUUAAACCAGCUCCAGACAGAGAGGUAAACAAGCCGAAUGCUAGAGAUAGGACUCAAUAUGUUCAUCCUGUGCUGAACCCAAUAGAAAACCUUGGGCAAUGGAAAGCCGUGAGAGCCAAAACCGCCUCAUCCCUGGAGCAUCAGGAAAAGGAAAAUCUCAAUUUGGUGCAGGAAUUCACGAUCCCUUUCGCUGAAAAAGAAAAUUCUACGUUGACUUCUAAAAAUGCUAUACCUUUUAGUGAAGAACCUAACCUGAAUCAAUCACAACAGCAGCGGUCAAAGAGAUUUUCCAACCGACUUAGGCACGAUGAAGUUGCUGUUGAUACUAGCCUUUCAAGCUGGUUAAUGGAAUCUGAUAAGACUCCGCCUGAUGGGAAAAGUCCUGGUUCUGUUGGGAACUCAGCCUCAAACAAAACCAAGUCUCCAACAAGCUUUGAGGAUAGGCCAAUUUUAGGAGUAUUGACAGUAGAAGACUUGAAACAGAUGUCUAAAUCUGCGACUCCAUCGCCUAGACGAUCACCAAGGCACAGUCCAGACGAGAUGCCUAUAAUAGGUACAGUAGGGAGUUACUGGAGGCACACAAGAGAAGCCAGAGCUGCUGACACUCCUUCACCUGGCAAAGGAACAUCAGCCACAUCCUGCACGUCAUCAAGAGAGUGCAGAAAGGGUGGAAUGAACGGCCACCAUACACCAUUUCAGGCCAGGUUAGAGAGAACGCUGGACGGUGCUACGGUCCAAGUUUAGCAUAUUUACUAACCGGAGUCUAACCAGUUCUGUUCGUUCUAUUUGCGGCAAUUUCGAAGUGUGAAGUCCAAUGUUACGGUGAGAGUGUCAAAUUCUUCAGUUAAGAAGAGGAUGAGAGUCGCUUGGAUUAGAUGCUUCAAAUAUCAUGUUUUGCAGUUUUGCAA